AUGGCACCGUCGAAUUCCAGGAAGCCAUCCUUUCUGAUCCGUGAUAUUUUGGACAAUUUAGACGAAAAAAAGCCAAGUCCAUCGCCGUACAGUCCGAGACAGGAAUUUGAAAACCACGUUUUCUCUAUUAAAAACGACAUUCGAGCGUCAACAGCGGCUUUCCUGCUCCACCCAAGAUUAUUCAAACCCACCAUAUUAACGUGUAAUACUGACAUAAGAUCAACCCAAUAUCACCCACAUUUGCAUCAAUCAUCUACAAGACAACGCGUGAUGGACGUACCCACAGAAGAACCUCUUGCACCUACACUACCCAUCAAGCCAAAGCGACCGAGACGCAGGCGAACAGCGUUCACACAGUCGCAACUAUCUUUCUUGGAGAAAAAAUUCCGUUGCCAGAAAUAUCUGAGUGUGUCCGAUAGAGGAACGGUGGCCGAGAAGUUAAAUCUGAGCGAGACUCAGGUGAAGACGUGGUACCAAAACAGACGAACCAAAUGGAAGCGCCAGACUGCAGCCUCGGAGCGUAUGGAAGAGCUUCGCAGUCACCUGUGCGACGAAGAAGGUUGCCCUGGGCGUUUGCGAAAAGAAGCUGCUCAGAACGGCGUUUACAAUGAGGACUUUUUGAUGCACGACAGCGACUCGCCAGCAAGCCCAGCAAGCGACAUGGACGAGUGUGUGUCGAGCUGCAAUGGACUAACAAACGAUCAAUUCCUCAGGCCGAUAGCCCUGGUGUGA